AUGGCUGCCCUCCAAACCCUCACAAUGGUUCCCAACGAGACCACCAGCAGUAUGACGCGCCGGACAAAGGACGGCCGGACAUUACAGUACCAGAUGACUGUUGUUCAACAGCCGGAGAGAGCACGAGCUUGUGGCGCCGGUGCAAAGUCCUCUGCUGACCGACGACCGGUCGACCCGCCCCCAAUCGUCGAGCUGCGCAUUUUGGAAGGGGUCGGUGAUGAGAAAAAGGAUAUCACAUUCAGCCAUGAAGCCAAUUUCUUCCUCUUCACGACCCUUGAACAUGCCCGCCCAAUGAAUCAGGGUCGUGUGCCGGUGAAUGCAAAUACCCUGGCCGUCCUUACAGGUACUGCUGUUGCCGGAAUGGCCUACCUUGAUCGCCCGAAGCCCGCUGGCUAUUUCAUAUUCCCAGACCUGUCCAUUCGCCAUGAGGGAAAGUAUCGCCUGAGCUUCAAUCUAUAUGAAGAGCUGAAGAAUCCGGCAAAAGACGCAGACCUGGGAUCGCCUGCAACCAGCCCAAGGCUUCGUGAGAAGACUGCUGGAAAUGCAAGUGGCCCACGCAAUUUUGUACAUUACCGCUUAGAAGUCAAGUCGGCCGCAUUCUCUGUGUUCAGCGCAAAAAGAUUUCCUGGGUUGGCCGAAAGCACGGAACUCAGCCGACUGGUCAAUGAGCAGGGCUGUCGUGUGCGCAUCCGUCGUGAUGUUCGCAUGCGACGUCGGGAUAAAGUGACGGAUGGCUAUAAGGACAUGGUAGACGGAGGAUCUCAUCCUGUGCUGGAUCAUUAUCCGGCUGGUCAACACGUUCCUGACAGGCCGCGAUCAACCAGUAAUGCAAGCAUUGAUGUCGCAUCUUCCUACAGUACAGAUCGGCGACCGUCGGUGCACGAUAUCAAUUACUAUCAAACUGCUGCGUAUCAACAAGCCCCUCCGCAGUCAGCUAGCUCCUACACAUCCCAUCUCAGCUUUGGGGCAGCUAACACUCCGCACUACUCGACGCCCACAAUGGCUGCUCACCCCCCAAUGUCCCACACGUACCAACAAGCGUACACCUACGGACCUCAAAGUCACACACGGCAAAUGUCAGGGCAUCAGGGCUACGUAUAUCCAAGCCAACCACCCCAACAGACCUCAUACGUUCCCCCACCGUAUGUUGAUGAGCGGUCUUACCCAGAUUCACGGCGCUCUUCAGGAGCAAUGUCAAUCGGUCGUCAACAGACAGCUAUCGAGCCGUACGAUCAGAGCCGUCCCCCAACCCAGUCGUCCGUGGCGUCUUCGCAAUUACGUUCCCUGACUCCGCUCAAUACAACCACGGCAAAUCAGGGCCCCCUACCAUCUAUUAAAGCCCUAGUACAUCAAUCACCUUUAGAGCCGCCAAUCUCCGAGCCUAAGUCGGCCAAUCCAGGGAUGACCCAAGGCCCUCCCAACCCUUUCUCCACAUCUGGCUACACGACUGGAGGCUAUCAUAACCAGCCUCCAAGCCUUCCACAAGGGGCAACUCACGCGCCGACCCACCAACCGAAAAGAACCUAUGGCUCAGUCUUUGACUCCAGUCAUAUGAGUCAGCCUAUGCACAGCGGCAUGCGCCCAAGCACAGCCUUGCAGUCUCACGAUCUUCCGCAGAUCGAGACGGCCGACGGAGAAUUAACGGAGGCGUACGGCGAGUUGGACGAGUUGACAGGGCCCCUAAUAUACAAACGGGCAGAUGGUUCGAGGAGGGCUAAAAAGUGUCCGAGUCCUCGAGAUAGCACUCGCUACGUGUCUGGUGAACGAUUGGCGUAA